AUGUUGUCGGGUGAGAGACGGGAAGCUUGCCGCGUGCGUGCCUUGAACUAUCGGAGUGCCAUUUGCGACGGCAAGGCUGAAGCAUGCCAGGCGUUUGCGAAUGACCAGGGCAACCAGAAAAGGCUCAUGGAUCUGGCGCUCAUGCAGAAUAGGGAGCAACUGAUGGCGAGCGGGACAAUGAUGAGUGCCUCGGCGAUGACAAAGUGGCUGUGCGAGCAAGACAUCCAUGUGAUGCGUGGGACAGUGAUCGCCAGGACUGACUCCGUCAAGCGCAGGUAUGCAGGAGCAGGCAGUGCACCGUCCAUGUCGAUUCCGAUGCAAAUCGGUUCAGGCUAUGACUCGGCGGCGAUGCACUGUGAAGUCGAUGGCAAUGAGUGGCCCUCGACAGAUACGGUAGAAGACGGGUUGGGAGCAUUGGGACUGCUCGCAGAGCCGCAGCAGCAAGUGUUUGAUGAUGGACGCAGCAGCCAGAGCUGUACGCCUGAGAUGAUGAGCCUCCUGCCCACGGUUCUCGAGGCGGUCGAGGAGAUCGACCCGAACACCUUCGCGACCUCCGAGGAGCUCGACGCCGCCAAGGCUCAGAUCGGCGCCCUCCAGAAGCAGAUCGACGACAACGAUGGCGACGACGACCAGACCGCCGCUUUCGCAAAGGCGGGCCUCGGGCUCGGCGUCACUGGCUUCGUCUUCGGCGCCGCCGCCCUCGCCGUGGCCCUCACCAAGAAGCACGCCGUCGUCGCAAAGCCGAGCGUCAAGGUCUCCGAGGGGACCGUCGCUGGCGGCGUCUGAGCGGCCCGCCGCCGCGCGCCGGGCUCCAAGCGCCGGGCUCUCGCCCGGCGGCCCGGCGCGGCGGCGGUUCCAUGGCCUCGCCCGCCGCCGCGGCCCCCCUCCCUCCCUCGUCCGCCUUGCGGCGUGCCCGGACAUGACGCCCCGCCCUCACCCCCGCUGACAGCGGGAGGGGACCUGGGCCGAGAUACGGGCGCCGGCAUGGCGGAGGGAGCCGCCCCGCUCGCCGCGCUCGCGGCGCCGCUCACCGCUUUGCCCUGGAAGGCUUCGGUGCAGCCGGUGGGGCCGCGGAGGCGGGGGGCUGGCACGGGAGGGCAGAGGGGUCGCUGGUGCCGCUGCCUCUCUCGCACUGAAGCGGGGUGCCCCAUGCGCGGCCGGAGGCCGUGAGGGGGCGCAGAGAUGUAAGGUAAGGCAAGGUAAGGUAAACGUCUCCACACACACAAAGUGGUGGGGCAAGGGGGGGCGACCCUCGCAUCUCCACGCCCGGACACGGGCAGGAGCCCCACGGCAUUCAAAGUGCAAGCACCGGCCCGGUGCCGUGGGUGAGCAAACCUGCACCCCACUCCCUCCCUCCCCCAGACACAGGACCCACAGAGAUGUGUUGUGAGAGGCGCGGGGGAGGGGUAAUGGUUGCAGCGAUGAAAGGAGUAGGGUGUGGGGGGUGGGGUUCACAAGAACUCAAAAGCUCCUUUU